AUGGAUGACCUGCAGGCACUGCAAGAAUGGACAAGACUGUACAUUGAAGGGCUGGGGCGGACACAUCGUGCUGAGGGGAGAAAAAGUGCCAGGGUGACACAUGAUUGCGAGACUUGGUUGAGAACGGCCGGUUUUGUCAACGUGAGCUCCGAUGUUCGAGACGUGCCGACCUACGAGCGGCAGCGAACAAUCGGCGCAGCCAAUCUGUCCAACCUCAAAGACCUCAUUCGAUCAUUAGCCCAAUAUCCCAUCGUCAAUCGAGGUGUGCGCAGCUUCGAAGAGUUUGGAGCACUGGUAGAGGCAGCUUGCAGCGAACUUGAAAAUGCUGCUGCUCGCCCACACACCAUGUUUGGCAUGAAAACAUGA